AACUUUAAGCACAAUAAAAUGGCGACGUCUUUGGGAUCUAACACGUAUAAUCGGCAGAACUGGGAGGAUGCGGAUUUCCCUAUUUUGUGCCAGACUUGUCUUGGAGAAAACCCCUAUAUCCGAAUGACCAAAGAAAAAUAUGGAAAAGAAUGCAAGAUCUGUGCCAGGCCGUUCACAGUUUUCCGUUGGUGCCCUGGUGUUCGUAUGCGUUUUAAGAAGACUGAAGUGUGCCAAACGUGCAGCAAGCUGAAGAAUGUUUGUCAGACUUGCCUUCUUGACUUGGAAUAUGGUUUACCUAUUCAGGUUCGUGAUGCUGGAAUCUCACUUAAAGAUGAUAUGCCCAAGUCGGAUGUUAAUAAAGAGUAUUACACCCAAAAUAUGGAAAGAGAGAUCAUGAAUUCUGAUGGCACUCGAGCUGUUGGUACACUUGGAAAGGCAACAUCUACCAGUGACAUGCUGCUAAAAUUGGCUCGGACCACCCCUUACUAUAAGCGCAACCGCCCUCAUAUUUGUUCAUUCUGGGUGAAAGGAGAAUGUAAAAGGGGAGAAGAGUGUCCUUACAGACAUGAAAAACCUACAGAUCCAGAUGAUCCUCUUGCAGAUCAGAACAUUAAAGAUCGCUACUAUGGUAUAAAUGAUCCUGUGGCUGACAAGCUCCUCAAGCGAGCUUCUACAAUGCCUCGUCUGGACCCCCCUGAUGACAAGACAAUUACCACACUGUAUGUCGGUGGUCUGGGCGAUACUAUCACUGAGUCUGACCUU